AAAAAUCACUCUACUCUUCUUUUGUCAUGAAAAGUAAGAAAUUUUUUUUAAUCUGAAAAUCAAAGAAAGCUAGAAUCUCUCUCUCGUUUAGGGUUUGGUUUUAUUGAGCUUCCAUUCCGCAGUGCAGUAAGUUGAGCGACGAUGGUGGAAAGAUUCUUUCCGCUUCCGAAUCCUACUGAUAUGAGCAGCUGCCGGAGUCGCAGUGACCACCCUAUCAUUCUUCUUUCUGGCCCUCCAUCCUCAGGAAAAACCUCGUUACUGUUCCAGUACGCAUUGAACUCGGCAUUGGAGUUCAACGGCGCCGUGGUGUUCAUCUGCAGCCGUCACAAGUUAGAUACCAAACCCCCCUUUCUCUCUCAGGGCAUUGAUCCUUCUUCCGACAUUUUUCAACGUAUUCACAUCAAGUAUAUAGAUGAUGACGAAGGAAUUAAGAGAUACUUUGCUGCAUUCCACAUUCAUCAUGUAAACCCUGUUUCAGUUAUAAUUGAUGAUUUUGCUGAUUUCUUUGAUGAAAGAAAUUGCCAACAAAGGUACAAUAAUGCUAGAGGAAGGGACUUGGCAAUGGUUCGAACUUUAGCCCUGUGCCGAAAUGCCGUUGAUUCUGCCAAAGAAUCAAGACCAUGUCAACUUCUUCUCUCUGAUACUCACCAAGGUGACUCCCCGAGGUGGCUUUACAUUUAUAAGAGAUGGGUCUCCUCUAUUUACACAAUUAGAGGGGACGGCUUUGGGUCAUUUCUACUUACGAAGAGCAACUACUUUGGCGUUGGCAAAUCUGAUGGAAUAACAACUGCAAAAUAUUCUAUAGCUCUUCAGUAUUUGGUACUGGAAGGAAUUAGUGAGGGUGGAGAACAAUGAAACUAAGGAACAUUUUCCUUUUGCUACAAAUUUUGAUUUGGUUUUUGCCAGAAGGUAUGUGUUAUAGAUGAACUUGCUCUAUUCUUCUGAGUUGCAAGGCAAUGAUUGUUUGUUUUGACAUAUAAUUAGUUUUCUAGUAUAAGAGCAUAAUGUUAUU